CUCCUCCCGCCGCUGCCGGCCGGGGCGGGGGCGCUGCGCGGGGCGCGGGGCGGGCGGCGCGCCCCCCUGCGCCGGUGGCGGAGUUGCUGCCGCCCAGCGCAUUGUGUAAGACGCGACCUGUUAUGGCCACCACUACUUCCGGGUUCCCGCAGUCUGCUCCAGCCCGGCGCUGCGCUGCGCUCGCCGCGGCGGUGGCGGCGGACGCCCGGCAACGCGCGGCCCGCGGCGGCAGCGCCGCGCCUCCCCCCCCCCCCGCCGCCCUUCCUCCCCGCGCCCGCCCCGCACGGCGCGGCGCUCCGCCCGCACCCGCGCCCGCGCCCGGCCCGCCUCCGCCAGCCUCGCCCGGCGGCCGCGCAGGGGCAGAGCGAGCCGGCGCCGGCGAGGAAUUAGGAGCGAUCCGAGGAGGAGCGAAAAAAAAACCCCAUCAUCAUCAUCAUCAUCAUAAUAACCAUAAUAAAAGGAGAGCCGGCGCGUUAGCGAGCCUUUUUAAUUUUUAAUUUUUCCCCCUCCUCUUCCUCCUUCUCCUCCUCCCUCGAUUUUUAAUUUUUUAUUUUUUUUUAUACAUUUUUCUUUUUUCUUUUUUUUUUUUUUUUUGGGUGAGCGCGCUCGAAAAUUAACAUUUGAGGUGUCCUGCGCGGUGGGAGCACACGCAGCGGAUCAUCAUCAGUCAUUCACCACCUUGACAACCUCGCCUGUGAUUGACAGCCGGAGUGGCAAAAAGCCAUGAGACUUGGUAGUUGGGUUUGAGGGGCACUUUAAAAAAAAAAAAAAGAAAAAGGAAAAAAAAAAACCUGAUUUGGGGAAAGGAUAUUUGCUUUCGCCCCGCUGCUGUCUUGGAAACGAGAGGGGGAGAGUAAGAGAGAGAGAGGGAGACAGGGGGAGAGGGAAGAAAGAAAGAAAAAAGAAGGAGGGAAGGAAGGAGGGAGAGUUGAUUUUUUUUUUUCUUCUAUUUUUUUUUUCUCCUUUUUUAAUGCUGAGUUACCGUAUCGCUUCGCUGAGAUCCAGCAAGCCGAAGAUUGUACUCGAUUGCUUCCAUUGCUGGCGACGCUAAGGGAUUUUUGCAUUUUUUGGGGGGGUGAGGGGGGGGGAACUUCGCGUUUCUUUCUUUUCACACUGGCCUUAAAGAGGAUAUAUUAGAAGUUGAAGUAGGAAGGGAGCAAGCAGGCCGAUGGCGCAAAGGUACGACGAGCUGCCCCACUACGGCGGCAUGGAGGGGGUGGGCAUCCCCACCACCAUGUACGGGGACCCCCACGGCGCCCGCCCCAUGCAGCCCGUCCACCACCUCAACCACGGGCCGCCGCUCCACUCGCACCAGUACCCCCACGCCGCCCACGCCAACGCCAUGCCCCCCGCCAUGGGCGCCUCCGUCAACGACGCCCUCAAGAGAGAUAAAGAUGCCAUCUACGGACACCCCCUGUUCCCUCUUUUAGCACUGAUUUUUGAGAAAUGUGAAUUAGCUACAUGCACACCCAGGGAGCCCGGGGUAGCGGGAGGCGAUGUUUGCUCCUCUGAGUCUUUCAAUGAAGACAUAGCAGUGUUCGCCAAACAGAUCCGAGCAGAGAAACCCCUGUUUUCCUCUAAUCCCGAACUGGAUAACUUGAUGAUUCAAGCCAUACAAGUAUUAAGGUUUCAUCUGUUGGAAUUAGAGAAGGUACACGAAUUAUGUGACAAUUUCUGCCACCGGUAUAUUAGCUGUUUGAAAGGAAAAAUGCCUAUCGAUUUGGUCAUAGACGAUAGAGAGGGCGGAUCAAAAUCGGACAGUGAAGACAUAACAAGAUCAGCAAAUCUAACAGAUCAGCCCUCCUGGAACAGAGACCACGAUGACACGGCGUCAACGCGCUCCGGGGGAACCCCCGGGCCCUCCAGCGGGGGACACACAUCGCACAGCGGGGACAACAGCAGUGAGCAAGGUGACGGCUUGGACAACAGUGUAGCUUCCCCCAGCACAGGUGAUGAUGAUGAUCCAGAUAAGGACAAAAAGCGACAUAAAAAGCGUGGCAUCUUUCCCAAAGUAGCCACAAAUAUCAUGAGGGCAUGGCUGUUCCAGCAUCUAACACACCCUUACCCUUCAGAAGAACAGAAAAAGCAGUUGGCACAAGACACAGGGCUCACUAUACUUCAAGUGAACAAUUGGUUUAUUAAUGCUAGAAGAAGAAUAGUUCAGCCCAUGAUAGACCAGUCCAAUCGAGCAGGCAAUCAAGGGACACCCUAUAACCCCGACGGGCAGCCGAUGGGAGGUUUCGUGAUGGACGGCCAGCAGCACAUGGGCAUCCGAGCGCCAGGACCUAUGAGUGGAAUGGGCAUGAAUAUGGGCAUGGAGGGGCAGUGGCACUACAUGUAACCUUCACCUAGGUAACCAAUGGCAAAGCCAGGGGGAAGUAAGUACAAACGGGGUCUUUGUUCUCACUUUGUCCGAGGGAUAUUUGUCUCCUUGCAUUUCCCUAUGUUCUCCCUGCCCAUAGCCUCAUGCUUGUUCCUUCCUUUCCAUCCAUCCAUCCUACGCCUGGGCUCCUUCAGGUUUCUCUCCCUCCGGUUCAGCUCAAGCUUUCCAAGCUCCCAAACCCCCCGUGCGCGCGCGCGCCGUACAUUGACGCCGCCGUACAUCGACGCCGCCAUACAUUGAUGCUAUUAUCCAUCCCCGAGCACAUGACAAAACAAGAAGCAGCCGGGGAGGUGGGGGAGCCCGUCGUCUUGGCAACAGACUGAUUUGCAAAAUGUAAGCGGUCUGCAGCAGCGCAGGGAGAGGAAAGAGCAUGUCCCCAAAGUGUCAUAAAUCUGUCUAACUGCAGUUGAUGCAUGAGUUACAUUUCUCCCGCUAACCUGCAAGACACCAAAAAAGCCAAACAGAGACUUCUCGUAGGUAAAAAAAAAAAAAAGAAAAGAAAAAAAAAAGAAAAAAAAAAGAAAAAAAGAAAAAGGCGACUUCACUUAGUUGCGUUUUGGAAGGCAAUGGACGAAACUUUGAUUUUUUUUUUUCUUCAAGUUUAUUUCUCUUUGUCUGUCCGUCAUAAUGGGAUUACGUGUGGCAAAGGAAAAAGAGAGAAUACAAAAUAGAGGUGUGCGCAGCAGGCUAUGGAGCUUAGCCCAGGCUAAUUGACUAUAUCCAAAUUAAGUAUGCCAUCACUUGCAGUGUGACAAAUGGAUUUGACUUAUUCAGUAUACAAAAAUAGAGAUCAUUAAUGCAAUCUUCAGUGGCAGGCCUUGCGAAGAAAGCCUAGAGAAACUGUCCCAGUUUUGGUUUUUUUUUCUCCCCCUCUUGUCUUUUUAUAGGGGAAAAUACAUUAUACCAAUUUUUGUUGUUUGGGGUUUGCUUUUUUUUUUUAGAGAGUAAAAGCAGUUUAAAACACCGAGGGGCCGGUACCAUGUUGAAGUGGUGGUGAUGCUGCUCCUCUUGCUCUCUUUCUGGAGUUAAAAGCAAGUUAUUUCGGCACCACUGUUUUGCCCUCAGCCUGGGUGAACUCAGGGUUUGAAGUUACCCAGGCCAAGUGUAUUUUGUAGUCAUCUUCUCUGGGCGCGAGUGAAAACUAAGUUUUAACAAUUAGCUGUGAAAACAUUCCUCUGAGCUUGGGAAUGCAACAGCCUUAUUACCUCAUCAUGGAAAUUUCUAGCUUAGUUAAUUUAAAUAUUGUUUCUUAGUUUCUGGGUCAAUUAAAUUUAAAUGAUGUAUUUUAUGCUUCGUGACCAAUUAAAUUAAUAGGUUAUUACAAAAAAUAUUAUCAUCUUUUUUGAUUAAAGAGCUGUGAGUACAGUAUAUUUUAUAAGCAAUUUUCAUUAGUUCAAAACUGUUCCUUUAGGCUAGAUUAAGCAGCUAUUCAUUGCUAGAGCCUUGAGACCUGAUUCCAAGGUGUUCGGCGCAUUCACAGCGCGCUCUUACUUAGAACUAAAGCCAAUUGAACCUACUUAGCAAUAGCGUAUGCCUUUCACCCUUGAUGAUUAUGGAGCUUAUAGCUCUCCGAAACAAUACACCUGUCAGUUCCCAUCAGCUAUAGCAAUCCAAGCAGAAGGCAGAGGCCCACAGAAAGCAGGAGGUUUUAUUGUUUUAGGUCCAAUUUUUUUCUUAUUGUUCUCCCAAACCCACUGAAAGGUUGACUGAGUUGCGUGUCUGAUUUUUUCAGACAGAAGUGAGCAGGGGGAGAGAAUUAAUUGAUAACUGGUAUUGAUUAUGUAUAUGUAUUAUUUUUUUUAACAUGUUUAAAAAUACAGGUUUGAGUUAACAAUUGUCCUUAGCAAUCCUAUCAAUUUCGGCAUCAUAUGAAGCCUUUGUUCCGCGAUGUAUGUGCUUGCUGUAUAGCGUCUGCUUGAAUGGCACAAAUACUCGGGACAGAUUCCAAGCAAUCGGGCUUGAGAGCUAAAUAAAUAACUGGUUGACAAACCUGGGCGCCGAUUUAACCCAUCUCCCCCUCCCAAGCCCCUCAUUAAUGGCUACAGAUUCCCCGCCUUGCGUUCCCAGCACGCUUUUACAAGCGGGGAGAGGAAGGCGGGGGGUGCAGCAAGGCCCCGGGGGAUGGAGCCCACCUGAGAGCCCUCGCAGGGCUUCCCCACCUUGGUGCCACCACCCCGUGUGACACCUGUCAUCAUCAGGCACACUUCUGGAUCCGAAACAUCUCCAUCGCAUACGUUCCUAACCGUAAAAGCAGAAAGCAGCUUUAUCUCCCCAACCUCUCUUAUUUGGAGCAGGGGAAGGAUGUUCUUGGGGGUUGUUGGUUUUGGUUUUGACCUGGGCAUCAUUCCCGUUGCCGUCGCUGUGAGUCCGUGUGUAGGCUCCGAUCCCACAAAGGCAGCUGCACUCGCGCGGCCGUGACUCUGCAUCCCGUGCUGGGCUCGAGCCCAGCCUUCCCGUGCCCCAGCGGAGGAGCUUCGCGGCCCCAUGUCGGCAGCCCGUGUCGUCCCCCCCCCCCAGCUCACCACCGCCUCUUUCUCUCCGCAGGGCUGCAAAGUAUGCCAGGGGAUUAUGUGUCGCGGGGUAGUCCAAUGGGUAUGAAUAUGGGACAGCCAAGCUAUACCCCACCCCAGAUGCCCCCCCAUCCUGCUCAGCUGCGUCAUGGCCCCCCCAUGCAUACCUACAUUCCU